AUGGUGUCGGCGGCCGUGGCGCUGGCGUUCGUGCCGCUGCUGCUCUCGCUGCUGCUGCGGUACCGGCACCACGCGGCGCUGCUGUGCCGGGCGGCGCUGGCGCCCUGGCUGCGCGAGCGGCUCGGCGGCGCCCCGCGCGAGCAGCGCGCGCUCCGCUUCGUGCUGGCGCACGCCGCGCCCGGCGACCCGCGGCACGUGCUGCGCACCUUGGACCGCUGGAGCGAGGCCCGCGAGCACCUCAGCAGCGUGGGGCCGCGCAAAGGCCGGAUCCUGGAGCGGCUGCUGCGGGAGCGGGCGCCGCUCGCCGUGCUGGAGCUGGGCACCUACUGCGGCUAUGCCACGGUGCUGCUGGCGCAGGGGCUGCCGCCGGGCGCCCGCCUCUACACCGUGGAGAUGGACCCCCGGCACGCCGCCGUCGCCGAGAAGGUCAUUCGCCUGGCCGGCUUCGACGAGCGCACGGUGGAGCUGAUCGUGGGCCGCUCCGAGGAGGUCAUCCCGCGGCUGCGGGAGAAGCACGGCCUGCGCAAGGCCGACUUCGUCUUCAUGGACCACUGGAAGCGGUGCUACCUGCGGGACCUGCAGCUCCUGGAGGCGCACGACCUGCUGGCCGAGGGCGCCACGGUCCUGGCCGACAACGUCAUCUUCCCCGGGGCGCCGCACUUCCUGCAGUACGCCAAGACCUGCGGCAAGUACCGGUGCAAGGUGCACCGCACCAGCCUGGAGUACUUCCGCGCCAUCCCCGACGGCGUCGCCGAGCUCACCUACGCCGGCCCGCGCUGA